UUCAGAAAAUAUGAAAAGAUGAUAUUUAUCUUUAGUAUCCUAGUUCUAGCAGGGGUGGAGGGAGCUGAACCCCGUAAACCAAACAUCUUGUUUAUCCUGGCAGAUGAUCUUGGAUACAACGACGUAUCCUGGCACAAUCCGGAGAUGCCAACGUCCGGGUUGGAGAAACUGGCGAGAGAGGGGGUCAUCCUAGAGCAGGCUUACACACAGCAGGUGUGCACACCUUCCAGAUCUGCUCUUCUUACAGGGAAAUAUCCUUUUCAUAUAGGCCGGCAGAAACGUGCUCUCAAACCUCUUCAACCAACCGGUUUAUCGGUCAACCUGACUACUCUACCUGAUCAGCUUAAACUACUGGGAUACAGUACACACAUGGUUGGGAAGUGGCAUUUAGGAUACUGUGCUGAGGAGUAUACCCCAACCAGGAGAGGAUUCGAUUCCUUCCUCGGGUUUUAUCUGGGCAGUCAGAACUACUUCUCUCAUGACAGGGAUUACAAGACACAAGCUUCAGAUCCUCCAGCUUUCUAUGAUUUCCGAGAGAAUGAAAAACUAGCAAAGCAAUAUGAAAAUGUAUAUUCAACUUCAGUUUUCAGGGAUAGAAGCAUUAAUAUUGUGGAAAGUGUCGGAAAUGCAAAAGCAGUAAACGCUUACGGACACUACGAUCCUUUCUUUCUUUAUCUUUCAUUUCAGGCUACCCAUGCCCCGCUACAAGCUACAACUGAAGCACUGGCUAGAGUUACCAAAGCUAGAAGAUCUUCAAAUCCUGCGAGAGACAUCUACAAAGCCAUGGUACUAGACAUGGAUGAUGCUGUCACUGAUAUCGUCGCUAGUCUCAAGAAGAAUAAUUUGUACAAUGACACAAUAAUCGUCUUCACAACAGAUAACGGCGGUGCGAUCAGCCACGGGGCAUCUAAUUGGCCGCUAAGAGGAACCAAGGGAACAAUGUUUGAAGGAGGAACUAGGGCCGUGAGUUUUGUGCAUGCUCCGGGAUAUCUAGAUAAGACUGGAUACACCAACUCCAGGCUUAUUCAUAUCACAGACUGGAUGCCAACAAUCCUAAACCUAGCCGGAUACAAUCAGAAUAUAACUGAUGAGCUUGGGCUAGAUGGUGUGGAUCAAUGGCAGGCUAUUUCUAGGGAUGAAGAGGAUGCAAGAGAUGAGAUGGUUUAUAAUCUCAAGAUUGGUCCAGUCUCCGGAGCUAUCAGAAUUGGUGAUUAUAAACUAUUGUUUGGGAAGAAGUUUAACAAGCAGGGUUGGUAUGAUGUAGACAACUCAGCGCUUCAGUGUCAAAGGUUUAAUAAGAAUAAGAAACAAAAGAGGAAGGACGCGGAUGAAAACUGGGAAAAAAAGAAGAAGAGGAGACAGAAGGAGAAAAAUAAAUUAACACCUACGAUUGUAGAAAAAAGUAAAAAGAACAGGACACAAGGAAGAAAGGAACAUAAAGAAAAAAGAAACAAAAAGAAAUCAAAUAAAAAGAAAAAGAAAUCAAAGAAAAACAAGAAAAAAACAAAGAAGGAACGACGAGAGGAAAAGAAUGUGUCCAGAGAGAAACGAGGAGCAGGACGGAGAAACCAGGAGAAGGUUGAGAGAAGAGCAGAACUAAAGCAGGAAAAGAAGAUUGUCAAGAUAUGGAAGGACUGGUUGCCAGAACCUAGUAUACAGGAACAGAACCAGAUCAGGUUUCGAAUUUUGGAUUGUAAUUGGGAAGAUUUUGAAGACUCCGGGCAUACUGAAAACCUCACUCUGCAAGCAAAGAUUGAUAAACAUGGAAAUAACCUGGAAGUGAUCACAAUUAUUAGUGAAGAUCCUAAUCUGUUUAAUAUACAAGCUGAAGACGAGAAUACAGAGUUUGAGGAGGAUAAUCUAGACAGUAGAAGGUCACUGAAGGAUAGAAGUUUUGAAGAACAGUUUGAUGCAGUAGAUAGUGCUCUGUACAAUAUAAAGGAGGACCCGGAGGAGAGGAUUGACGUGAAAGCUGAAUACCCGGAGAUAUUCAACCAACUGAGAUCCCGUGUACUGUAUCACCUCAAGAAUAUAUCACCAGAAGAUUUCCCUCCAGCAGAUUUUUCCGGUCAUCCUAGAAACUUUGACGGGGCUUUCUCUCCAGGAUGGUGUACACCAAAAUAAUCCACUAACCCAUUUUUCUCAGACACCCUGUAAGCUAGGAUUUUUUUAAACGGGUUUGAACACCCCUAGCCAUUAUACAACUUAUGGUAGAGGUUGUUUUUAAGUUACACAAAGUCGACUUCAUGUGUUUAGUUGUAUUGUGCAGCGUAGGCAUCUCCAAAUGUAUGUAUACAGAUGAUUCCUAACAACGUGUGCUGGAAAUGUAAGACGACAUAAAAAAUCUGCCUUUACCACUUCUUGGACAAACCCACAAAGUUACAAAAUCUCAAAGUUACUUUUUUUUUGUAAAUUUACUGCUGAAUUCAAAUUUGAACACCAUUUUUAAAUUUAACCAUAUGAAUAGGAAUCAGAACACGAAAUCUCACCAAAAGCGUUGCAAAAGUUAAAAGAUUUUCGAAUCUAAUUUCAGGAUAAAAUUCGUAGAAAAAGAGGUGUAACAUCAAUUUCUUAAUAUUAUUUUUCGGCCUAUGUUGUAAUUAUACUUCGAUAUUAAAUCGUCUGAUCUAUAGUUCCGUGCCUGAAACAUGUCUGCAAAUAUAUUUGCAUGUAUUUGCAACCUGAUGUUACAAAUAUAAAUAAUUGUUGCUGUUUUAUAUAAUCUGACCUAACUCUGUUUUCACCUCAUACCUUUAUUAUUCAAAGCUGUUGUUAGAGAUGUAUUUGAGGCAGAAGUCUAGUUUAUACUGCCCAGAGUUUGAGGAGAGCGAGUCCCUAUAUAACUUUGUAUCUGCACAGUGCAAAGCUGUGCAGAUCUGAAGCCUAUAGCUAGGACUCUCUCGCUCAAAUCCUGGGUUUAACAUAUAUUUUAAUCACAAUAUUUACUAUGUUUGUAUGUCUUAGAUUUCUUACACAGCUAAACUAUUUACAGAAUCUCAAAGUUCUGGUUCAAAUGCUUGUAUCACGAGAAAUUUGCAUUUCUUGUUAAAAUAAACUCUGAUCUUCCAUAUCUUAAAGAUGUUUUUUAACAAUGUAUUUAACAGAGCGGAAAACCUCUGCUGCUUUUAAAAAACUUUUCAAGUUGUUGCUUAGAAAAAAAACUUCGAGACAUUUUCCAAUUAUUCUGUUUAAAAUUUUUUUUUUCACAAAAAUUAUUACAUUCCAAGUCUAAUAAGUGUUAUUAAUUGACAUUCACAUCAGUUUGGUUUCAUUUAAUUUUGAAAAUUAUAAUAUUUAUAAUCAACGUGAUACUUAUGUUGCUCUGCCUUACUUACAAAUAAAUCUAUAUAACAGUU